AUAUUUUUAGACAUAGUUACGUUUAGAUAUGUUUUAAAAUAGUUUAUGUAAGUGCGUUCAUGGCGUGAACUUGUGAAGACCAAGGUUUUUCAAACAAGGUCUUGGAAACAAAGCAAGAUUAACGCGAAUCUUAGAUUACCACUAUUUGUGGUUUGAAUAUGCAGUAUUUGAAAAAGAUAACAACCUGUAGCAAUGGUAACCUUAGUAAAGCCACUGUGUCCCAGUAUGUUGCCUGCGUGAGAUUAAUAUUCAAAUUAUCUGUGUCUACUCGGGUUUUGCAUUUCAACAAAACUAAUAAUAGUUUUUGUCAGUCGUUCUUGAAACACUCUUUUUCCUUCCUCUUGAUCCAAAAAUUAAUUUAAACAAUCAGUUCCUGAAAAUGGCAGUCUUAUUGAAUAAGGGUAAGUCUUACAUACGAUUAUCUAAUAGGUUUACAUCAUACAUGCGUAAAGCCAAUUCUUUACAGAAAUAAAUUCAAUUUCCUUAAGCAUAACUUAUAAUACGUUUCCUUGACUCAAUUUAUUUUACUUCAAAACAUAUUUAGUGUCUCGUUUUGACAAUAUUUCAGGUGUUUUCGUAGUAGCGGCUAAGCGCACGCCGUUCAUGAAAAUGGGCCGAGCAUUCAAAGAUGUCCACCCUUCAGAAUUGUUCGCUGCCGCCGCAAGAGUUGCCUUCAGAGACUGCGGACUAUCUCCUAAUGUAGUGGACACUGCUAACGUGGGACAAGUUUAUACGAUAAGUGGAUCAGCAGACGGAGUGCUGACUCACCGACACUCUGCUCUGAGGUCAGGUGUGCCUUACGAAACUCCCGUUUUAGGAGUAAACCGGCUAUGUGGCUCUGGUUUCCAAGCUAUUAUAAAUAGUGCACAGGAUAUUCUCUUAGGAGCGGCGGAAAUAUCAUUAGCUGGUGGGACGGAGAACAUGUCAGCCAUUCCAUACGUAGUGAGAGGCGUUCGUUUUGGAUCCCACUUCGGAAAACCUAUUGACUUUGAAGACCACUUAAAAGCCGGCUCCGUGGACUCAUAUUGCAACUUUACAAUGGCUCAAACUGCAGAGAACUUAGCUGAAAUUUAUGGAAUAACGCGGGAACAGGCGGACGAGUUCGCUUUUAGGUCCCAAAUGAAGUGGAAAGCUGGUUACGAAGCCGGUGCUUUUGAAGCUGAGAUAGCACCAGUGACGGUGGUUAUUGACGGGAAAGAAGUGACAGUGAUGAAGGAUGAGCAUCCUCGCCCGAACACCACGAUGAUGUCACUCAGUCAACUGCCGGUACUUUUCAGAGAGGGUGGCGUAGGCACUAUUGGGAAUUCUACGGGUGUCAAUGAUGGCGCUGCAGUUCUUAUCCUUGCAAGCCAGGAAGCUAUAAGGACACAUGACUUAACUCCGCUGGUGCGAGUCGCAGGCUGGUCGGUUGCCGGUGUGGAGCCAAGAGUCAUGGGCCUCGGACCGGUGCCGGCCAUCAGACAGCUGCUGGGGGCGGCUGCCUUAACAAUGGAUGAUAUGGAUAUGAUUGAGAUUAACGAACAGUUUGCAGCCCAAGCCCUGGCUAGUGUAAUAGAACUGAAUGUAGACCAGGACAAGCUCAACGUGAACGGAGGAGCCAUAGCGCUGGGCCACCCUGCAGGUGCCUCUGGGGCCAGAAUAGCUGCACAUCUUACACAUGAGCUAAGGCGCCGCCAUCUGAAACGCGGUAUUGGGUCAACAUGCAUCGGCGGCGGUCAAGGGAUAGCCAUGUUAAUUGAAACUGUAUAACUGUUCUGUUCAAAACAAUGCAAUCUUGCUUAAAUCUCUUGGUAUCUUAUCUUAGUUUUUAUUAAACACCUUCAUGGGGCACGUCGAUUUAAGAUACGUUAGCAAAAAGUCGAAUGAUAAGGCCCUAGGAGCCUUCUAUAGGUUCCUUUUUUAUUUUUCUAUAGAUUUUUACGGUGAGACUCUUGUACUACGGAAUUUAAUCAUUCGCAAACAUUCAAGUUACAUGCACAAAGUGCUUAAAGAAAUAGUUGCAGUUCUGGAAGUACCACAAUUGUAGCAGUAGUGGAGAACACGACACGCGCCGCUUCACCCAUACGUAGAAUUAUAUCUUUUCUGAGAUCCUAUAAAAAAACUACACAAUUUUUUUGUUGCUUUUCAUUAAACUCGUGAAAAUUCUAGAUAAGCGUACAAAGUACAAAAAUAUUUUUUGUAUUAACAGUACAUUAUUAACGAUACCGAGGUACGACUAUAUAAAUAACUAAAUAUAAAUAUUAAAGACCAGUUUAACUUUCAUCUACGAAUUAAAAACGGGUUUUCG